AUUGCAUCAAAACAACAACAAUAACACAAAUAAAAAUUUUCGCGGGACUUUUAGCAAUGCUGUUUAGCUAAUGCUGUUGUUUAUAUAGUCAUUAGAACUCAUCCAAUAAUGUCCAGCGAAACAAGUCUGAGCUCCAAAUGGACACGGCCCGAUGAUUUUAUAAAGCUGCAAAGAUUGAAGCAAAAGAAGAAGCAGCUAGCGGCACGUUUAAGCAGCAAUAACAACAAUAAGCGACCCGAACUAGAUGAGAGCGACAAAAGUAAACUGCUCGAAGCGAAAAUUGCCCAAAAGCGCAAGAAUCCAUUUGCCAAAUCCACAGAUGGCGUCAAGAAACAGAAAACCGAUGUCCAAGAAGAAACAAUCACUGGCGAAACUAAAACAACAACGAUUGCAAAUUUAGUAAAUGACGCGAAAGCGAAAACGAGAACAACACCAGAAAAACUGGUGUUGCAGAAAUUCGAUGCACAAACGUUUGCCCGGCUGUUGCAGCAGGCGAGAGUCAACCAGGAGGAUGAAGAAGAUGAUGCCGCUGUGACGGCACGUCAGAAGCAUACCCGACAUCUGCCUAUCGACUGGUGUCUGAAAACGCGAGUGCGUUUCUUUUGCCCCACCGAGUUGCCGGCGACGCAGUUAAAUACCUCCCAGCUGGCCAGCGGAUUAACGAGUUUUGUGCGUUGCUUUGACUCCGAUCAGACGGAAAGCACCUUGGAUAUAUCGGAUGCGACGCGCUUCAAUCAGUGCACCUACUACUGGCAGCACCCGCAUCUGCCCUGGCUGACGCUCUUUCCGCGCAGCGCCAAGGAGAACAACGGCAUCGCAAUUGGCGAGCGAGAGCGCAAAGCCUUGGCCGAGGAAUGGGAUUACAGUUUUCGUGGUCUCUUCCAGCUGCUGCGUGCCCGACAGUGUCCGUAUUUCUAUUUGUGUGCCAACACAUUUACAGUCCUCUUUCGAGCAGCAGGAAGCGGUGGACGUGUCGAGACGCAUGCUCUCGUCACACCAUCGACACGGGGCAUGCGGAAUGCUCUGCGACAGGAGGGCAUCGAGUACAGCAUGCCACUGAAAAGAGAUGCAACUGGUGAGCCAAAUAGCAGCCUCAACGAGGAGACUGAUGUCAAUGAGAAACAAGUGGAGCAAGAGGUGGAGCAGGAGCAGGCUGAUGAUGAUGAUGAGGACGAUGACGAGUGGCUGGAGAGUUUGGGUGUGGAUGAGCGCGAACUGCGAAGGAUUCAAAGCAGCCAUGCGCGCCGUCAGCAGGCAGCUGAAAUGCGCGAGGAUUUCAGUGAUAAUUCACUGCUGCUCAUUGAGGGCGUCGAGUGCCAAGGAUUCUUUAGCUAUCUACUGAAUGCGAAGAGCACCAUCACCAGCGUUGGCCGCCUGGCCGGUGUUCCGGCCACGCUCAUCGCACCCGUUGCCUUUCCCAAGGCGACCAUGCAGCAUUUAGUGCCACGUUCGAAGAAGGUGCGUCUGGAUGGCAUCAAUUAUUAUAGCAUCGAUAUCAAAGGACUCCUGCUGCCCACAUUCCUGCCCAGCGUCGCAAUGUUGCUCUGUGAGACGCGCGAAACAUUUAGCGCCACAUUGGCUAGCAGCAGCAAUACCCUCUCAUUUAGCAAGGCUACACAAAAGCUGCUGGAAUCGGAACCAGCGAAGGUAGCGGAUGAGGAUCAACUUGGUUCCGGCCAGGUGUUUGGCGAACAGAAUCUGUCCGAGUGUGGUCUGCUGCCCAAUGUAGUGGGCGCCAUCUGUAAGACAGGUCCACAUGCCGUUGGACUGCUGGAGCGCAUCUGUUAUCAGCGUGGCGAGGGAUAUGCCUGGAGCUGAUCUUUAUCAUAGUACAAUUUG